UCUCUUGGCUGUCCCUUUAACAAACCGACUGUGCAGCUCCCUAGCGGGUAGGGGGAGAAAUCGCGUGUCCGCUACCCAAUGACAGUGCAGGAUGCUGAGACCGGUGUGAAUGGAGGCUGGAAGACGCCAAUGUCUCUGGAUGGUGAUGGAGAGGAACUAAUGGUAGAAAAAGAUCUGUCGAUGUCGAGGUCCUUCAUCCACACAGGCAUGCAGUGAGCCGCCCAUGUGUGUUACAGAGUGAGGGUGCACUGUGAUCGUCGCAGCGUGCCCCUGGUAAGGACCCCGUGGCAAGCGUCCGGCCGGCCCAGGCCACACCUCCCACACCCAGGACAUGUACGGCAGCGCCAGAGCGGUCGGCCACAUUGAGAGCAGCCCUGCACGGUCCCCGCGCCUGCCUAGGUCCCCCAGGCUGGGCCACCGGAGGGCCAACAGUGGGGGCGGGGGCGGUGGAGGGGGUAAGACGCUCUCCAUGGAGAACAUCCAGUCACUGAACGCUGCCUACGCCACGUCCGGGCCCAUGUACCUAAGCGACCACGAGGGAGUGGGCUCAACCGCCACCUACCCUAAGGGCACCAUGACGCUGGGGCGAGCCUCCAACCGGGCCAUGUACGGGGGCCGCGUCACGGCCAUGGGCAGCAGCCCCAACAUCGCCUCGGUGGGGCUGGGCCACCACGCUGACCUGCUGUCCUACAGCGACCUGGGCUCCCUGUCCAUGCUGCAGCACCACCAUCACCACCCUCAGGGGGUGCCGUCGGCCCUGUUGCGGCAGGCUGUGCGAGGCAGUGGGGGGGAACUCCUGGAGAUGCAGGCCACACUCCGGGACAUGCAGCGGGAGAACGACCUGCUGAGGAGAGAGCUGGACCUGAAGGACAGCAAGCUGGGCUCAUCCACCAACAGCAUCAAGAGCUUCUGGAGCCCCGAGCUGAAGAAGGAGAGGAUGAUACGCAAGGAGGAGGCGGCGCGCACCUCCGUCCUCAAGGAGCAGAUGAGGGUGACUCACGAGGAGAACCAGCACCUGCAGCUGACCAUCCAGGCCCUACAGGACGAGCUGCGGACCCAAAGGGACCUGAACCACCUACUGCAGCAGGAGAGCGGCGGCCGCUCUGGGGACCACUACACCAACAUCGAGCUGACCGAGGAGAACUUCAGACGGCUACAAGCCGAGCACGACCGCCAGGCCAAGGAGCUGUUCCUCCUGAGGAAGACCUUGGAGGAGAUGGAGCUGCGGAUCGAGACCCAGAAGCAGACACUGGGGGCCAGGGACGAGUCCAUCAAGAAGCUGCUGGAAAUGCUCCAGAGUAAGGGUCUGCCUGGAGGGCCAGGCAGGGUCAACGAGGAGGAGGAGCAGGAGAGAGCAAGGCGCAUUGCUGAGGCCGAGGCUCAACUUGGACACCUGGAGGUCAUUUUGGACCAGAAGGAGAAGGAGAACAUCCACCUCCGAGAGGUGUUCUCCCAGGAACUGCACAGGAGAAACCAGAUGCACCAGGACCCUGGCAAAACCAAAGCCCUCCAGACCAUCAUAGAGAUGAAGGACACCAAGAUAGCAUCUCUGGAGCGCAACAUCAGGGACCUGGAGGAUGAGAUCCAGAUACUGAAGGCUAACGGCUUGCUGAACACCGAGGACAGAGAGGAGGAGAUCAAACAGAUGGAGGUCUACAAGAACCACUCCAAGUUCAUGAAGACCAAGAUUGACCAGCUGAAGCAGGAGCUGUCUAAGAAGGAGUCUGAGCUGCUGGCCCUGCAGACCAAGCUGGAGACCCUGAACAACCAGAACUCGGACUGCAAACAGCACAUAGAGGUGCUCAAAGAGUCCCUCACUGCCAAGGAGCAGCGCGCCGCCAUUCUGCAGACAGAGGUGGACGCCCUGCGCCUGCGUCUGGAGGAGAAGGAGUCCUUCCUGAACAAGAAGACCAAGCAGCUGCAGGACCUGACGGAGGAGAAGGGCACGCUGGCCGGAGAGAUCCGUGACAUGAAGGACAUGCUGGAGGUCAAGGAGAGGAAGAUCAACGUCCUGCAGAAGAAGAUUGAGAAUCUGCAGGAGCAGCUGCGUGAUAAGGACAAGCAGUUGGGGAACCUGAAGGACAGGGUGAAGUCCCUACAGACUGACUCCAGUAACACUGACACGGCCCUGGCCACCCUGGAGGAGGCACUCUCUGAAAAGGAGCGUAUUAUAGAGAGACUGAAGGAGCAGAGAGCGAGGGAGGACAACGAGAGGAUGGAUGAAGUGGAGUCUUAUAAGAAGGAGAACAAGGACCUCAAGGAGAAGGUCAACACCCUGCAGCUGGAAUUAACAGAGAAGGAGUCCAGUCUCAUUGACUUAAAGGAGCACGCCACAUCCCUGGCCUCCUCCAGCCUGAAGAAGGAGUCCAAGCUCAAGUCUCUGGAGAUGGCCAUCGAGCAGAAGAAAGAGGAGUGUAGUAAGUUGGAGACACAGUUACAGAAGCAAGCAGAGCAGCUGUUCAGUCAGAUGAACAACCCUAAGGCCCACGAGGCCCACGAGGUCCAACAGCAGCAGCAGAUGGCGGGGCUGAGCUCCAGGGGGAACCCAGACUAUGUGGAGCGGGAGCGGGAACAGCGGGUAAAGCUCCUGGAGAAGGAAGUGUCCUACUACAAGGAGGAGUCUGGCAAGGCCCAGGCGGAGGUGGAGAGGCUACUAACCAUCCUCCGAGAGGUAGAGAGCGAGAAGAACGACAAGGACAAGAAGAUCGCCGAGCUGGAGAGUCCCCCUCACUCUGCCCCUGUUCCUCGCCCCGGCCUCGGCCCUGUCCCUCGCCACGGUCCCGGUGGCAGAGCCCCCCCUGACCCACUCCCCCCUGUGUCCUCCGCUGCCCCCGCUGCCCCCCAGCAGAUAGGGGGAAUGGUGUGGGAUUUCCUGGGAAAGCAGGCCAAGGAGCAAGUUACUAAGAAGGGGGGUCCCAACCUCAAACUAGGCCCCCAAGGGGACAAGAAGCCUGGUCAGAUAGUGGGGGAUCCUCGAAAGGACAACACCAUGGACUCAGGACAGCAUGUAAAGCUGGAGGAGAUGAUGAACACCUUGGAGAGGACCAGACAGGAGCUGGACGCCACCAAGCAGCGCCUCUCGUCUACCCAGCAGUCCCUGCAGGAGAGAGACGGUCACCUGACAAACAUGAGGCAGGAGCGCAGGAAACAGUUGGAGGAGAUCCUGGAAAUGAAGCAACAGGCCCUGCUGGCAGCUAUCAGUGAGAAGGACGCUAACAUCGCUCUGCUAGAGCUGUCUGCCUCUGGGAAGAAGAAGACUCAGGAAGAGGUUUUGGCUCUGAAGAGGGAGAAGGACAGACUGAUGCACCAACUCAAACAGCAGACACAGAGCAGGAUGAAGCUGAUUGCUGACAACUAUGAAGACGACCACUACCACCCCCAUCCUCCUCAUCACACCCAACCCCAGCAACCCCACCCGGGCCCCCAGGCUCAGCUCCCCCAGCCACAGUAUCAGCACCCUCCUAACCCCCAGCAGCAGCAACAGCCUCCAUACCCCCAUGCCCCACACUCCCAGCACCCCCAGCCCCCACUCCAACAACACCCGCACCCCCAACAGCCUCAACAGCAGUACCCCCCUCAUCCACAGCAGCAUCCACAGGGGCAUCCCCAACAGCCUCCGCCUCAACACCAACAACACCAACCACGGCCCCAGCACCCACAGCAAGCGCAGCACCCACACCCACAACAACAACACGCCCACCCAGGACAGCACCCCCAUGGGCCUCCACCACAGCAGCAGCACCCCACCUACAACAGCACCCCCAACAGCACCCACAACAGCAUCCACAGCAGCACCCCCACGGCCCCCCUCUGCAAGCCCCCCACCCCCAGCACCCACAUCCCCAGCAGCACCCCCACCACCCUCCACACGCUCCGCAACAGCACGGCGGGCACACCCGCCACCCACCCCCACACCACCGAGGAGGACCAGGGCCUGCCAGAGGACCCCCCCAUGCCGGCCAUCGCCCCUCCCCUGACCAGGAUGACGAGGAGGGCAUUUGGGCGUAAUCGUGUCCAUGACAACCAAAGCUCUGACGUUCGGAGGGGUGAUUCAGUUACUAUUGGAGGAGCACAGCCAUUCCAUGAUGCUGAAAUACAUUGACUACCUACCAACCUUUUGUUACCACCAUACAAUCCACACUUCAAUGGGGCCUUUAUUUUUAUUUUUUUGAUGAGGAUGCAGAGGAGGAGGAGGAAGAGGAGGGAUGAAGCAGGUGGGAGGGCCAGACGAGGAGACUGAUAGUUGAGGUGACUGAAGAGCCAUCAUGUGAAGAGGGGCAGCUGCAGCUCUUUGAGAGUGACUCUGGGGAGGAGGAGUCUUCCAGCAGACACAUAGGUGUUGUGAAGUUAGACUGGGUUGGACAGACUGGGCCCCACUCAGACAGACAGAUAUCUGAGCUGUCUGGUCUCAGCUCUGUGGUUCUGCUCACACAGCCAAACUCACACAACCACUCUGGUAUAGUUGUCAAGAUGCUCAGCUCACCUGUCUGUCACCUGACGUCCCUACAGAGCCCCACCCACUCUCAUAAGACUAGCUGCACUCUUCACCCACCAGGCUAAGAUCUAACGACUGGCUCUGCACUGUUUACAUGAGGUGCGUUCAGUUCAAUUGAACAUUUGCUACGUUGCGGAACGGUUUGUACUGAACAAAACGUUUCCCCAAAACAUUAUUGUACGUUCUUGAACAGACUUCUAGGUACGUUUCCUCCCGUUUGGGUGGGUGUGGCUUGAAGCAAUGAGUGACAUAUUUGUGGCCAUGCUGACAGCAGUCAUUCAGUACAGCACUGUUUCUGUUCAAUGGAACGUUCCAGAACGUGAAAACGUACUGAACCCAGUCCUGGCUUGCUCCCCCGUUCUCAGUAACCUGCAUCUAAUUGGUUCACUCUCCUGUCUCCGCCUGCUUUGCUUACCUGAGCUUUUCAGCUGAUUAGUUCCUCUGUAUCAACAGUCCUUUUUCUGAUUGGUUCACCUGACUGGCUCCACCCUGUUUACCUGAUUUGCCCCACCCUGCUGACCCCCGGCUGGCUAUGAUUUGGCUCCCCUGCCUGGCAGUCUCCACCCUACUGACAGUCAAACACAGCAGCGUCACAGUGCUUAUUUUACUAUGUUGUGUUUUGUUGUUUUCUCUUUGCCUGCUCUCUUUCCACAUAUUUAAUGAAGUGCCGUACAGUUACAGCUUUAGUUCACGUUUACAUAUGCGUGAACAGCUAACCUGCUUCAGAGGAAGUUCCUUCGCUGUGUCUCUCUAAAAGUGAAGUUGUGCUACUUAUUAUUAUAAUUUUUUAAAAAUCUGUUGAGUGUGUUUCAUUUGCAGUGCUUGACCAUGGCUAUGAGUGCUUUGUGCAAAGUGAAUCAGAACAAGGAAGAGCUCUUAUCUGAACAAAACAGCCACUAGAGCUCUAAUCUGACCAAUGGGCAGCCACGGUCCUUGCCUCGACUACUGAAGGUUUCCUUGUGCCGUUAGUGUGCAGUCUGGAAUGGCCUUAUGGGCAGGGCCCUGUACUGGGGGUGUCGCAGGUACUUUGGGCUUAGGGCUGCCAUCUGUGUAUCUCUCCUGUUACCUCGGUUGAUAACCAGAUGCAGUCAGAACUCCAAUCUAUGCAGACGUCAGAACUAAUAAUGCCACUUUGAUGAGAGUCAUAAGUCAAGGGCACCAAUCAAAAAGUGUUUAGAUGUAUUAAAGCAGCAUGAGUACCAAUCAGAAUGGUUUAUUCAGAACAUACACCAAUCAGAUUCCGUUGUUAUAAUGUGUUUCUCAGCGUGAUAUGCACCUAUGCACCUCCUCCUCCCCUGUUGCAGGGAUACUUCUAAUGGUGCUUUUAGAUCACUGGUGCUCACACAACAUGGUGUCCAACCAGAGAAACAGCUGAGAGACAUGGCCAUUGGACAUUGUGCAUCCAUGUCAUACAAUAGGGAGUUGAUCCCAAAACCUGAUGUGCUUAUAAACUGUAGAAGACUGUGUUGUACAUAGAAUCAGCUGGAGACUCUGAGGAAAUGGCGCAAGGAGGCUAUAGAUUUUAUAUGUUUGAUGCCAUCCAUGGACACCCAUGAGAUUUCCUGCCAUAUCUUUACAGCUGUCUCUCCUACUUAUUGACUGCCUCCUUCCUCCUCCUCAUCUUCUUCAUCUCCCCUGUCUUCUUCUCUUUCAGCAGUCUGUGCUAACCCAAAUCCAAACCUAGUGACUCGUUUUGUCCUUCUCAACAAGGUGGCCUGUGCAUAUCGUAUACAUAUAUAUAUAUAUAUAUAUAUAUAUAUAUAUAGAGAGAGAGAGAGAGAGAUCUAUGUAGUGUGUCUAUGUGUGGUCAGAAUAUUGUCAGUAACAAAAAAUAUUGAGGAUAAAAAUACAUGUUUUAUUUAAUUUUUCUAACUGUCCAAAGGAUAGAGAAAACCCUUAUUCAGUGUGUGGAGUGCCGUAUGUGACUUUCCUCUGUUUUGUACAAGAAAAAACUCCUUAGCAGCAAGCAACAUUCCCUGUCUGUGGUUCUCACCAAGGAUAGUCUGGCCUAAGAAACCUUGAGACACAGGCCAAAGGAAAGGAGUGAGAAAAUGAUUCCAUUCUCAUUUAGAAGAGCUAAUGUUACAUUCCUGUUGCAGUGUGAGAAAUCUAUUUUGAGACUAUCUCUCUCACACACACACACACACACACACACACACACACACACACACACACACACACACACACACACACACACACACACACACACACACACACACACACACACACACACACACACACACACGGUGAGACCUUAGUCUUCUCACAGAGGGGAAGACAUUCUAUUUUUGCAGCUCACUAAAGUAGCAAAGAGACUAUUUUCUGCAGCACAGCAGAUAGAAACGUGCACUUGUGAGUGAGGACUAUCACUACCUUUGUUAAAGUGGAGGUUUGGAGUGACUCCGUCGUUGCAGAUGCAUUGUCCAGCGGUCUCUGUGUUUUGUUUGUUGUUGUCUUCAUGCUGUUGUCCUGGUGUACCCAGAUGUGGUGACAUAUGUGACAGUUGAGUGUGUAGAAAACCACACUUCUAGUGAGAAAACAUCCAAGACUGUUACAU